AUGGCUAAACAAACUUUGAGAAUUACAUCAACAGAUCAAUUCGAAUCAACUGUUGCCCAAGCUUUGGCCACCUCUGAUCCAGUUUUCGUUGUAUUCAUCUCUACUUUGAAUGAAGACGGUAUCUUCUGGUGUCCAGACUGCAGAGUUUCUGACCCAGUUUUCAAGAAAGCCUUCGAUGAAUUAGAAAACUAUUGUUUGGUUGAAUGUGCAAUUCAAAGAGAUGGAUAUAAAGGAAACCCAGAACACCCAUAUCGUACACACCCACGUAUUCAACUCAAGGGUAUCCCAACAUUGAUGUCAUGGAAGCAAGAUACUCAAUCAAAGUUUGCUGAAGACGAAUGUGGUAACUUUGAAAAGGUAUCAGCCUUCCUCAAAGCUAACCUUUAA